ACUUAUAGGUUAUUCGAUAAUGAUAUUGAGGUGGAUUGUAGUUUUGCUACUUUCUUUACCAUUUUUAUUUGGAAUUAAACCAAAUUCUCCACCAUUAAAAGGCGAUAAUUCCAACACCAAUAUUGAAGACGAGGGGUCUGAAAAAAAGGAAGAACGAACCACUGAUAGAUUAGUUCUGUUAAAUAACGAAGGAGAAACGAUGGAUACAAUGAGUCAGAAGCAGUCACCCGCGACUUAUGAUAUCACAAAUGAUGAUAUUGAAAAAAUGUCGAACGCAGCAGUUGAAGUCUCUGCAGUGCCAUCAGCUGGUGAUGAGUUUACAAAAGAAAAAGUAGUGGAACGGAGCGGAACUGAACAAACAGAAGCUGAGAAAAGAGGAGAUGAAUUAUAUCGCACAGCAAUGCGAUUUCUGGAUAAGGGACGAGCUGCUUCGACUGAAGCUAAAAGAGCUGCAUAUAGACUUCUAGAUGAAGCUGCCCAACUCAAGCACAAAGAGGCAAUGAAGUUAACUGCUUUUGCAUAUUUAUUUGGUGAUUAUACGCGAUGGAAUAUUGAUGAAGCACGAGCAGUAUUUGAAGAAUUGGCAGCGGGUGGUUCAGCUGAUGCACAGCUCGCCUUAGGAUUCAUGCAUGCUAUUGGUUUAGGCGUUCCGGAGUCUUCGCAAGCAAAAGCACUAAUUUACUACACUUUCUCUGCUUUGGGUGGAAACCCUUUGGCUCAGAUGGCCUUAGGUUACCGGCAUUGGUCGGGUAUUUCCGUGCAACAAAACUGUGAGCGUGCACUUACUUGGUACAGAAAAGUAGCUCAGCGUGUAAAUGAGCAAGUCCGCAUCUCAGGUGGUACAGCAAUGCAACGAAUACGAUUGCCUGAUGAACAGGACACUGUCAGUACCUCUUCCUCGAGUUCGAUUCUCGACUCUAACUUGUUAAAUUAUUACAAAUAUUUGGCAGAUAAAGGCGAUUUGCAAGCACAGGUUGGUCUUGGUCAGCUAUACUUAACUGGUGGACGAGGCGUGGAACAAAAUAUGGAUUUAGCCAGUCAGUAUUUUUCAACAGCUGCUCAGGCGGGUAGCACUAAUGCAUAUGCAUAUCUGGGCAAAAUGUAUUUGGAUGGCACAUCAGCGACACCACAGGAUAAUGCUACUGCUUUUCAAUUUUUUAAAAAAGCAGCAGAUAAGGGGAAUCCAGUUGGACAAAGUGGUCUGGCCAUAAUGUAUAUGUAUGGUAAAGGAGUAAAACAGGAUUAUACCAAGGCGGCGAAAUUGUUUACUUUGGCCGCUGAACAAGGAUGGGUUGAUGGGCAAUUAAAUUUAGGCUAUCUUCAUUUCAGAGGGCUCGGAGUAAAGAGGGACUUUAAGUUGGCCAUAAAAUAUUUUCAGCUGGCUUCCCAAUCAGGGCAUGUCAAUGCUUAUUUUAAUCUGGCACAAAUUCACGCUACAGGUACUGGUGUACCUCGAAACUGUCAUACAGCUGUUGAACUAUACAAGAAUGUUGCUGAACGAGGACGUUGGUCCGAGCGUCUUAUGGAAGCAUAUGCUAGUUAUCGUAGUGGGCGAGUAGAUGAAGCUGCCUUCAAGUAUCUUUUUUUAGCCGAGCUAGGCUAUGAACCAGCACAAACCAAUUUCGCUUAUAUUAUCGAUCGUGGAGAAUCGAAUCUGUUUCCGAGUGAAGAGGCAUUACAACGUGCUUUACUUCACUGGCAGCGUUCCGCAAAUCAAGAUUAUGCUUACGCGCGCAUAAAAUUAGGGGAUUAUUAUUAUUACGGUUAUGGUACUCCCGUUGAUUACGAAAUGGCGGCAGCACAAUAUAAAAUUGCUAGUGACCGACAUCAAGCCGCACAGGCAAUGUUCAAUUUGGGCUAUAUGCAUGAGCAAGGCCUUGGGAUCAAUAAGGAUAUUCAUUUGGCAAAACGAUUUUAUGACAUGGCGGCGGAAACAAGUGCGGAUGCUUAUAUGCCAGUUAAUCUCGCUCUCAUGAAACUUACUGCUCUCUUCUUAGUGGAAUAUUUUAAAGAGAAUUCUUUUGUGACAAUGCUCGAUUAUGUCUUCGGUGCUAACUGGGACUUGUAUGCGAUAACGUUAUGCCUUGGCUUAAUAGUUAUGUUAUGGAUGGGUUAUAGAAGGCAGAGGCUUGUGGGGCUUGUGCAUUGAGACAUCUUCAAGUUGCAAGUGCUUUGCAGAGCCUCCUCUUCAAUAUCUUUUGGAAGCAUGGGAAUAACUGUAAUAUUUGCGGAAAUAUAUUAUUUUAGAUUUUUAUCCAUUUACUUCUUUUGUAUUCAUCGAAUUACAUUUCCUUUUAUUAAAACUCGAGGUUUUAUCUGUAGUAUACGUCAUGGACUUAUGUUACUCUACCCUUUAUCCUUUUGCAUUGUUCAGAUGUGAAAGUAGCUUAUUCUUAAAGGAAAUUAAAGAUCUAUUGUUUUUCAAAUGCAAUGUGGCAGCCUUGGUAUAAUAUUUGAGUUAAUUUUAUAUUUCUGGGAUGCGAAUGUUUCCUCAUUUCCUUUUUACUUGUACAUGCUUUUUAAGCCAAGUUAGCGGAUACGGGUAAAUGCAUCGUACCAUCUAACAAAUAGUAGUGUCAACGUAUUUCUUAUUCAUUUUCUUAUCUCUUUUAUUGUUUCUUAAUCGGGCGUAUUUAUAGCUAUUUGUUUCGUUAUGUUUCAUCAUCUUUAUAAGCAUUGUUUUUAGGAGAUGGACUGAUUAUGGCAAAUAAAACUUCCAUUAUGUGAUAAUUUUUACGGAA